AUGGUUGAAAGUGACGAGUCAAGUAUAGCCACCAAGAUCGAAGCAAGUCUCUAUGAUGAUCCAUCCAACCCACACAAUUGGUCAAAGACAUUCCGUUGGAUCUACACGCUCUUGGUAUCUGCCCUUGUCAUUGCCGUCGCUUUUGGUUCUUCAGUCAUCUCUGGUGAUCGUUCAGGUGUCAUGACCGAAUUCAAUAUCUCACCUACCGUAUCAGCUUUGCAAGUCUCAUUGAUGGUCUUUGGCUUUGGCAUUGGUCCCCUUCUUUGGAGUCCACUAAGUGAACAUCUUGGUCGUCGUCCCGUUUAUAUCUUUGCUCUUGGUGUCUAUGUUAUCUUUAACAUCCCUUGUGCCGUUGCCCGCAAUAUUGAGACCCUCUUGGUUUGCCGUUUCUUUUCUGGUUUUUUCGCAUCCGUUGUCUUGACAUUGGCCGGUGGCACUAUCAGUGAUUUGUUUGAUAAUGAAGAUCGUGGUGCUGCCAUUGCUUACUUUGCCGCUGCACCCUAUGCUGGUCCUGUAUUGGGUCCCAUUGUGGGUGGUUGGAUUUCCGUUGGCACGCAUUCAUGGCGUUGGAUUUAUUGGGUCAAUAUGAUGUUUGCUGGUGUCAUGUGGGUUAUCAUUUGCUGCCUACCAGAAACCUAUGCACCUGUACUUGCACGUCGACGUGAAAAGGCCAAAUCAACCCCUGAAGAUCCUGAGAUUGCAAACCUUCCAAAGGAGUCAACCAUGACCACUAUCAAGAACAUGCUUGUACGACCCUUUGUGAUGCUCGUCACUGAACCCAUUUUGCUGCUCAUGUCAUUGUAUAUUGCAAUCAUCUACGCGUUGCUCUAUGGCUUCUUUGGAUCCUUCCCAAUUGUCUUUGGUGAAAUAUGGGGAUUCAAUAGUGGUAUCGCUGGCUUGAUGUUUAUCGGUGUGCUUAUCGGCGUCGCCUUUGCUCUAUUAUUGACACCGCGAUUCGAAAAAAUGUAUGUCAACAGCAACAAGACUCCCGAGGAUCGACUCCCUUGCAUGAUGUUUGCCGCACCCUUCAUCCCAAUUUCUCUAUUUAUCUUUGGCUGGACAUCACACGCACAUUGGAUUGGCCCUGCUAUUGCAGGUAUUCCUUUUGGCUUUGGUAUGGUGCUUGUUUAUUACAGUGCCAACAACUACAUCAUCGAUUGCUUCAGCCAUUAUUGUGCCUCAGCUCUCGCAGCCAAGACCGUUGUACGAAGCGGUGGUGGUGCAGCAUUCCCUCUAUUCAUUGCUCCUAUGUACCACAACCUUGGAAGUCAAUGGGCAAGUACGCUGCUUGCUUUUAUCAGUUUGGCCAUUGUACCUAUUCCUUUCGCAUUCUACAAGUGGGGUCCUCGCAUUCGAGCUCGUUCAGCAGCUGCUACAGCUUCUCCAGAAGAGAAGAUUGAAAACACAACAUCAUCUUAA